CGGCGGCGGCAGCGGCGGCGGCGGCGGCGCGGCGGCUGAAGCGCGCGAGUGAGGCGGCAGCGGCGGGGACGGCUGCGCGGGACGGCGCUGUAGGAAGGAACUUGGUUCCCCCUCCUUCAUCUCCCGCCCCAAAAGAUUCAACAUGGAUGGUAUAGAAGAACCUCAGAGAAAAGUCUUUAAGGCUCGAAAAACAAUGAGAGUGAGUGAUCGUCAACAACUUGAAGCAGUGUACAAGGUCAAAGAAGAACUGUUGAAAACUGAUGUCAAGCUGUUAAAUGGUAACCAUGAAAAUGGAGAUUUGGACCCAACUUCACCUUUGGAAAACAUGGAUUAUGUUAAUGACAAGGAAGAGGUGAAUGGCAUUGAAGAACUUUGUUUUGACUCUGAAAAAAGUAAAUCAGAAUGGACAGAAACACCAUGUACCUUAAAUAUUCAUGUAAAAAACAAGCAGGAUGAUGAGUUAAAGUGUGAACCUUUGUCUCCCAAUAAUGUAACUCCUGAACUAACCUCUAAACUGACUACUGAACCAUCUUCUGGUGAGACAGCUUCUGGUGAUCUGGCUGUUGGAGGUCUGACCUCUGAAGACUCUGCCUCUAGAGAUCUGGCCUCUGAAGCAUUAACCUCUGGUGAUCCCACCUCUGGUGAUCCCACCUCUGUUUAUCCCAUCUCUGGGGAUCUUGCCUCUGAUGAACUGGUCUCCAGUGAAAUGGUCUCCAGUGAACUGGUCUCCAGUGAGCAGGUCUCUGAUGACCUGAUCUCCAGUGAACCAGUCCCUGGUGAAUCAGUCUCCACUGAACUGAUCUCCAGUGAUUCAGCCUCUGAUGGUCCGACCUCCAGUGAUCUGGCCUCUGGUGAUCUGGCCUCAGGUGAUCCAGCCUCGCGUGAUCUUGCGUCUGGUGAUCUAGCUUCUGGUGAUUCAGCCUCUGGAGAUCCAGCCUCUGAUGAACCAACUUCUGAUGAACCAACUUCUGAAUCAGCCUUUGAUUCCACAUUUGAACCAAGUUCUGUACCAGUCUGUGAACCAGUUCCUGAAGCUGACAAUACAGAGCCUAGUAGCGAUAAAGGUGAUUUUCUUGAAAAAAAUGGGGAUGAUGAAAAGUUAGAUCAAAUUUUCUCAUUUGAUGAGAAAAAUAAAGCUGAUAGUAAUAUUGAUGCUGAUGAAGCAGCUCUGGAAACAGAUGAUACAAUUAUUUGUUCUGAUUUAUCUCCUGAAAAGAAAGUAGAAGAAGAUGCUAUCACAGAGUCUGCUCUUGGAGAGGAGGCUAUAUCUAGCAGUAUGGAGAUUGACCAAAGUGAAAAGAAUGAAGAAAAUUCUGCAGACCUUGCAGAAACUGUUAGUGAAAAUGUUAUAAAAGAUGACAAAAAUGAGGAUAUCUUAGAGAAUACAGAUUCUAUGGAGACAGAUGAAAUCAUUCCCAUUUUGGAAAAGCUUGCACCUGCUGAAGAUGAACUUACUUGCUUUUCUAAAGCUUCUCUUCUUCCAAUUGAUGAGACAAAUCCAGAUUUGGAAGAAAAGAUGGAAGGUUCUUUUGGUUCACCAUCUAAACAAGAAAGUAGUGAGAGUUUGCCAAAAGAAGCCUUUUUGGUCCUCUCUGAUGAAGAAGAUAUUUCGGGGGAAAAGGAUGAAUCUGAAGUUAUCUCACAAAAUGAGACGUGUUCUCCAGAAGAAGUAGAAAGUAAUGAAAAGGACAGCAAACCUGAGGAAGAAGAGCAAGUAACACAUGAAGAUGAAAGACCUUCUGAGAAAAGUGAAUUUUUUAGAAGAAAACGUUCUAAAUCAGAGGACAUGGACAAUGUACAGUCCAAACGCCGUCGAUAUAUGGAAGAAGAAUAUGAGGCAGAAUUUCAAGUAAAGAUUACAGCCAAAGGAGAUAUAAACCAGAAGCUACAAAAGGUUGUACAGUGGUUGCUGGAAGAAAAAUUGUGUGCACUACAGUGUGCUGUAUUUGAUAAGACACUGGCAGAAUUGAAAACACGAGUGGAAAAGAUCGAGUGUAACAAGAGGCACAAAACAGUUCUUACUGAACUACAGGCCAAGAUAGCCAGGCUAACCAAACGCUUUGGAGCAGCCAAAGAAGAUCUUAAGAAAAGACAAGAAAAUCCACCAAACCCACCUGCAUCACCAGUAAAGUCUGUAGUUGAUAUCAGCAGCAAUAACAAUGUACCCUACAGAAAUGCAGGCACAGUGAGACAGAUGCUGGAGUCCAAAAGAAAUAUAAGCGAGAAUGCACCACCAUCCUUUCAAACCCCUGUGAAUACAGUAUCUUCAACCAAUCUUGUCACUCCUCCAACAGUUGUCAGUAGUCAACCUAAAUUACAGACUCCAGUGACUUCGGGUUCUCUGACAGCAACAUCAGUUCUUCCUGCACCCAACACAGCUACAGUAGUUGCUUCUACUCAGGUGCCUAGUGGAAAUCCCCAACCUACAAUCUCUUUACAGUCUCUACCAGUGAUUUUGCAUGUACCUGUUGCCGUAUCCUCCCAGCCUCAACUCCUGCAAAGCCAUCCAGGGACUUUAGUGACCAAUCAACCAUCUGGCAACGUUGAAUUCAUUUCUGUACAAAGCCCACCUACAGUGAGUGGUCUCACCAAAAAUCCAGUAUCCUUGCCAUCCUUGCCAAACCCCACUAAACCAAACAACGUUCCUUCUGUGCCCAGUCCUAGUAUUCAAAGGAACUCUCCUGCCAGUGCUGCGCCGUUAGGAACAACACUUGCUGUACAGGCUGUUCCAACAGCACACUCUAUUGUACAAGCCACGAGGACUUCUUUACCCACAGUAGGCCCGUCAGGACUCUAUAGUCCAACAAAUAAUCGAGGUCCUAUACAGAUGAAAAUUCCAAUUUCUGCUUUUAGUACUUCAUCUCCUGCAGAACAGAGCAGCACUACCACAACAAGAAUUGAAAACCAGACAAACAAAACAAUAGAUGCUUCUGUUAAUAAGAAAGCAGCUGAUAGCACAUCACAGAGUGGAAAAGCCACAGGCAGUGAUUCAGGUGGUGUCAUUGAUCUCACAAUGGAUGAUGAAGAGAGUGGAGCUUCACAAGACCCUAAAAAGGUAAAUCACACUCCUGUGUCAACCAUAGGGUCUUCUCAGCCGGUAUCUCGACCAUUGCAACCCAUUCAGCCAGCACCACCUCUUCAACCAUCUGGGGUUCCAACAAGUGGCCCAUCUCAGACAACCAUACACUUACUACCUACAGCUCCAACCACCGUGAAUGUAACACAUCGUCCAGCAACUCAGGUUACCACAAGACUCCCUGUACCAAGAGCUCCUGCAAACCACCAAGUGGUUUAUACGACUCUCCCCGCACCUCCAGCUCAGGCUCCCCUGCGAGGAACAGUUAUGCAGGCUCCUGCUGUUCGGCAGGUCAAUCCCCAAAAUAGUGUUACAGUUCGAGUGCCUCAAGCAACUACGUAUGUUGUAAACAACGGAUUAACCCUGGGAUCAACAGGACCUCAGCUCACAGUGCAUCACCGACCACCACAAGUGCAUACUGAGCCCCCACGCCCUGUACACCCAGCACCCUUACCAGAAGCCCCACAACCACAGCGUCUGCCCCCAGAAGCUGCCAGCACAUCUCUGCCUCAGAAGCCACACUUGAAGUUAGCACGAGUUCAGAGUCAAAAUGGCAUUGUACUGUCAUGGAGUGUCCUUGAGGUGGACAGAAGCUGUGCCGCUGUUGACAGCUACCAUCUUUAUGCUUACCACGAGGAACCCAGUGCCACUGUGCCCUCGCAGUGGAAGAAGAUUGGAGAAGUAAAGGCACUUCCCCUGCCCAUGGCAUGCACUCUCACCCAGUUUGUAUCUGGCAGCAAAUACUACUUUGCAGUACGAGCCAAGGAUGUUUAUGGACGUUUUGGACCUUUCUGUGAUCCCCAGUCAACAGAUGUGAUCUCUUCCUCCCAGAGCAGUUAAACCUUGGAGCCUUUAUCUCUUCCUCUUUCAUAAGUUCCGCUUUUUGGUCUUGUUUUAAUCUUGUGCAUGAGACCCAUUGUAAAAUCCACAUUGUGCAAGAUUUCUUGGACAGAUGUGUAUGUACACUACAUUUGUUUAUAAUCAGAAGUAAAUAAACUCAGCCCAUAAAGCAGAAUCUUUUCCUGAACAAUUCAAGCUUCAAGGUUUUAAAUGUAAAUGUGCACCUUGCUUUAGUUUUGAGGCUGGGGACAAUGUGUGGGUGUUUGUGCUUUUCUGUAUUUAUAUGUUUAUUGCAGUGGAAUCUCCCGUUUUCAUUCUCAAAUUUACCUCUCUUCCAGUAUAAAGUAAGUAGAUCAAGGGAUUUGAGGUAUGUAACUGGCAUGAUUCUGCUUCUACAAGAUCUGUAGGUUCAUAGGUAAAUGAUUUAAACUGAAUAUAAACAGAAUCCAAAGAAAAAAAUAAAAAGCAAAUGAUUAAAUAGUUUAAAAUAGGUUAAUCUGAACACAGGAAAAGAUCUGUUCAUCUUUUGUCUCUUCUGGGUGGUUAAUUAGAUGAAAAAGAUCUGCAGCGGGCCCUCCCUUUUCUAUCUAAUCUGGUUUUUACAUUUAUUUUGUGCCUUAAAGAUUAACUAUAAAAAUAAACAGGGCCAUUGUUGUUUACUUUUCCCUGUCAGUCUUUCACUCUUCAUUUCUCCUUAUCUCUACCAAAUGUAGCACAUUUCCCUCAAGUAAACUUUAGACCAAGGCUUUUAUAUGUAGUCCCAUCAGUGACAUCACUACAUUAAACUCCAGAAAUUUGACUUGCUGUUUUCUUCUAAGAAUAUAAAUGCUUUUUAUUUUUGGUCACUAUUUAAAUUAACUCUGUGUCAAGUGGACCAAGAGAAGACCACAUUGUGUAAGAAAAUUUUCCUUCAAACGUAUUUUAGUAUCUGUGUUGCACACUGUGUUACAGCUUAUGAAAGCAAUUCUAGUUUCCCUUAUCACCCAAAGUAUAAUAUUCUUUCAAAGGAAGUAAAUAGUAAAAUUCACAAAUACAAUGAGCAAAAAUAUCAAAGGGAAAGCUCCAUUUCUUCUUUAUUCUCAUAUCAUUCUUCCUGUGUUAAUCUUUUAAUUUUGUUUUAAUGGUGCUAAGUUUUGUCUUACUGACCCUAUGUCAGCUUUGGAUGGAAUUUAAAGAAUAUCCUUUGGGGUCAUUUUAUGUAACAAUUAGAUACACCUUCUGGGCAUCUCUGUUCCUCUUCAAAGUUAACCAAAUUCAGCUUAGGUCAUGGAUUUUCAAUAUGAGUGCCAGCUAUCCUGGUAUCAGGUAUGUGUUUGAGUGUAGCUGGCCUAAGACAGGCGAGCUGGCGUAGUUUGGGGGGUGAGAAUGUGGUUGUCAGUACUUGGAAAGGAAUUUAUGGAGUUUGUGAGUCAUCUUCACAUAUCAUAUUUGAGUUCAUAUUCCUACGUUCUUAAAUAAAUUAGUCAUUAAUUUUUCCUGGAAUUAUAGGAGGGAACUAUCCCUUCUAUUAAUGCUGCUUUGUUUGCAACUUUAAUGGCUUGUAAUAGGAAGCGUUCUAGUUGUAAAGAAACUCUCUUUAGAGACUCUUACUGUUCAGUAUAACUGUCAUGUUGGGUGUGAAGCUUGAUUGAUGCUGAAGAAGGCCUACAGAUUGCCAAAAUGUAAACGUUCCACAACUUUCCUUUUGCUUUCGGAAAAUGAGGCCACAGUGAGAAUUAAAAUUUCUGUGAAUCAUAUUUGCCAACCAACUAUGUAAACAUUACUCAUUGUAGAACUGAUGAUGAUGGUAAAGAAGUUGCCAAUGUCAUGCCAAUGAGAAGUUUUAAAGGGAGAAAUCGAUGAUCUAGAUAUAUGUGAACACCUGUCUAAUAUCUGCAUGUAUAUAUGUUUUUACCUGCAAUGGUUGCUUUGUUGAUUAUGUGUUCAAGAUCAUUCCUGUCUACAGAAUAGAAAGCCUAUGUUCAAAAUUGUUCUUUAUUGGCCGGUUUUAUGGUCAUGUGAUAACAAUUUGCUUACCUAGCCUAGAAAGUUUCUCUUGGUGAACAAUUUUUUAUUUAUAUUCACUAAUUCUUUUUUUUUUUAAGUUUUCAUAACAUUAUAUAAUCAAGUAAAGAAGGCCCAGUAGAAUGAGAAUAUUUUAGCUUAUAUCAUGUGUUUUCUGUCAAAAGAAAAAAAAUUUAAAUAGUAACCCUAAAAAUAGAUUUACUACAGUAAAAUAAAACUUUAUUCCAAAUGGUGGAGGGAAGAUAAAAAGAGAGAUUGUAAUUAUUUGAGGGAAAAGCUAUUAUAAGAUGUUCUUCUUCAAAUAGCCUGCCAUGGGAUUUAUAGGCAACAGCUAUAUUGGAGUUAAUGAAAGAUGCGAGGCUGGAACACUAGGCUUUUGUUCUGGGCAGGUUGUAAUGUUGAUGAGUGCUUUCUGUUGGGUUUGUUUCUGUGCAAAGAGAGAACGGAGGAUUCAACUAGAAAUAGCUACUGAUUACAGAUUUUUUUAACAGCAGUUCACACCUCAUGGACCUUUUUUAUUUCACAGUACCUUUUCACAAAGUAUUAUCAAUAAGCUUAAUAAUCCCAUUUGGGGAAUGCAAAGCUACCUUUUUAGCCUGACAAUACUUGUGUAAGUAUUGCCUUGUUGGAAAUCCCAGAAACUUCUGAUAUUUCAACCUGAAAUGUAUGAUGUUUAUAUGACACUUAAAGGUAAUGGUGAUGUUUCUUACUCUCUACUUUGCACUUUGUCAGAGUAAUUUUCACCCUGUUUUAAGUGUGAGUAAAAUUUUAUUAUGUUCUUGCCAGUAAAUUUAUAAAUUACAUGCGACAACAUCUACUGUUAACAGUUAACUUUAUGAGGUAACUAUAUCCCUCUAUUUCUCUGGACUCAACUUUUUAAAAUAUAUUUUAUUAAGACUAAUUCUGAAUGGAAAAAUAUAGCUAAAAUAUUACCUUUGGUAUCUUCAACACAGUAGAAGUUUAUGAGCGAAGUGAAGAGUAGAGCUUGCUUCCUUGAAAAGUGAAUGUUUAUUGGGGUACCAUUUGCCUCACAGAGAGGUAUUCCCCAACCCCCACUGCCAGGUAAUAAAUGAAAGGUUUAAUUGAAAAAAAAGGCCUAAAGGAAGGAGCUUAGAAUCUUAGGUCCAUCUGUCUGCAGAACUCCUGAGGCAGCCUGCACCAUACAGUUCUCUAACUGUAUUGGAUAAGUGUUAACUUAGUUUUUUUGUAUGCUCUUUUGCUUACAUUUUCUGAAUCAUCAUUUAUGCGGCAAGGUGGAUGUUAAUAUUGCAUGAUAUGCAUUUAUCUUGUUCCACAGAUUUUCUAGUACUGUACAAGAUUAACAAAAUAAUGCCUGUGGUAUCCUCCUCUUACUUCUGUACACUGUGAUCUUAGCACAGUAGGUUACUGCAGACUUCCAAGUGUUCUCCCAGACUUUCCUUCCUGAGCUAUUUCAGCAUCCUAUGAUUAAUUCAUUAUUUUAAUUUUAUCAUUGGCCUGUUUUGUUCUAAUUUCCAGAAAAACCAUGUCCCAGUAUUAGUUGAUUGCGAAUAAUUCUGUCUAAAACCAGUGUAUGAUUCUGCCUGCCUUACUAUUUACUGGGCAAGUGAUGCGCCCCUUCCCUCCUUUUUGAAUUUUGGGAGAAUAAAAAAGAUGAGAACAAUUUUUACCAGGUAUUUUGUUAGUGUGGCAGAUUUAUCUGGUUCCUAAAACUUACUCCCCUUGAGCCAACCAAUGGGGAGGAAUAGGAUGAUACAAACACAUGUUCUGUCUUCUCAUCUUCAAAUAGUUUUAUCAUGCUAAAUAAGUUCUUCACUUUUUAUUUGUAGAGUCAGUUAAAUACUCAUCAUUUAUAUUCAAUUGCUGUCUUUUAAAAAAAAAUUGUUUGUAAAUAAGGUAACCUGGCAGUCAGACACCUUUGGGGAUCCUGGCUUUAGUAUUUUAUCAGCCAUUUCAAAAUUAAAUAUAAAAAUAAAUCCUCUGUAGGAAACCUGCAUCCUGAUUUUUCUUUAUUGCAGUUGAAAGUGUAAAUAUGACCAUAUAAGACCUUCCUAAUGUCUAAUAUAAACUGGGCUAUAGCAAGUUGCCCUAUUUUUAUUAGGUUUUGAAGGUUUUUGUGGGUUUUUUCUUUUUUUAAUGUACAGUAGAGUGGUGUCUGUAUAAGUGUUAACUGUAGUGGGAUUUUGUCCAGCAAGCCUGAAAUUUAUACUUUGAAAUAAACUACUGGGUUUUUAA